AUGCCACCGCAGCCAUCAGCUCGACCUGAGAAACCCGUAGCACACGGAGGCCCGACUAGGCAGUACCUGAACUCACACGUUACCCCGCAUCUACUCGAAGCUAUGAAAUACUUGGCAGUGUACGAGCCUGAAAAGCCAUUACUGUGGCUGUCAGAUUUUCUCCGCGAUCGAAGCAAGGAGAUCGAAGGCUAG